AUGGCGACCCGAACAAUCGUCUUCGGUCCAACAGGUAACGUCGGCUCAAUUGUAGCCUGCACAGCCCAGAGACAUGGAGCAAAAGUCUUCCUCGCCAUGCGAGACACAAGCAAAUCCAUCCCCGGACUCAGCGCUAUCGAAGAAACAUCUGGUGGAUUCGAAAGAGUCACCGCCGACUUAACGAACCCAGAGAGCGUAUCCGCCGCCGUGAAACGGACAAGAGCUACAUCGGCCUUUAUGUACCUCGCUCAUCAAUCUCGCGAUCAUAUGCGAGCCACCUUGCACGCGUCCAAGGAUUCUGGUAUUAGGUUUAUAGUAUUCCUGAGCAGUUUUACGAUCAAUCGGCCAUUGGAAGAUAUACCCUCAAAUGAAAGGAUCCCCUGGAUCCACGCCCAAGUCGAGAAGAAUCUCGAGGAGAUCUACGGACCGAAGAACUACGUUGCUCUCAGAGCGGGUGCUUUCGCGACGAAUACACUUCGUUGGAGAGAUGGACUGCAAGCCGGCGAGGUGUUCCUCACGAGUCCGGAUACGAAGUUCGACUUCAUCACUGAUGUCGAUAUGGGCAGGGUUGGAGGGACGAUUCUAGCACAGGGACAACGUGAUACGCAGAACAUCGUGUAUUUGUAUGGCCCGAAGUUGGUCACUCAGAGGUAUGCGAUUGUUACGGUGGCGAAGGCGUUGGGGAGGGAGGUGGUUUGGGGUGAUGAGGAGGAUGGGAGUGGGAAGGCUGUGAGGGUUCGGCUUGGGGGGGAGGAGACGAGGGGGAGUUGGUGGGGGAAGGCUUAUGAUAAUCAUGAUGAGGGGGCGAGUAAUGUUGUCAAGUAUACGGGGGAGGCAGGAACUGGAUUUGGGGAGUGGGUGGAGGAGAAUGUUGAGAGGUAUAAGGCUUGA